GCUAACGUGAAUAAUGCUGCAGUGAACAUAGGAGUGCAGAUAUCUCUCUGAGGUCCUGGUUUCAUCUGCUUUGGAUAUAUACCCGGAAGUGGAAUUGCUGGAUGUUAUGGUGGGCCCAGCCGAAUCACAUGAGCCCUAAAAGCAGAGGACCUUCUCUGGCUAGAGGGAAGAGGGAGAUGGGGCAGGCCUGCAAAUCAGGGAGACCUGAAGCAUAAGAGGGGCUCAACUUACCGUUGCCAGAGGACAGACACAGGGAAAACACCAGAAGGAUGCAGGCAGCCUCUUGGAGCAGACCAGCCCCCAGCUGACAGCUUAACAGCACCCUGCCCAGGACAAAGGACAAGGCGUGGGCUCCCCAUGGCUUUCGAGCCGAUCUCUCCGGGCAAAGCGAACUCCAGCCGGCGCUCUAGUGCUCUCCGCUCCACCCGGCGGCCCGGCCGCUCUGAAUAUCCUCCCUCCUGUCUCCAGCCCUGUGAACUCCCGCUCCUCCUUCAAGAUUCAGGUCAAGCCACACCUCCCUGUUAUCUGUGAAGCUCACUCCCUCCCUCCCCAGCGCCAGCGCCCCAGCCCCAGCGCACAGCUGAGCCAGCCGCCUCCCCGGGGCUCUGCCUCCCCCAGGUCGGGCCGUCUGGCACGCUGGCCGCUGAGGGAUCUUCCUCACACCCAAAUCUGACUCUUCUUGGCGCCGCUGGGCACUGGCCCUCGGUGAUGUAAUGACCUUCUGCGGACGAGGAGCUCCAGGCAGGGAUAUUCAUCCGGGGAACUCCCCAAAGCGGGGUGAGAGCUGUGCCUCCGAGCUCACAUCCAUCCUUCUGCUGGUCUCACUGCCCGACCUGACUGAGCUGGACUGCGCGGUGACUCUGCGACCCCUUGGGCUCCUACCAUGGCCCCCGAGAGGGGCUGACACUUCAGAUCCCGGUGCAGGUGAGAUCCCGCCCGGAGGAAGAAGGAAGGAGGCGUGGGCCUGGGACUAGGAGGCGGAGGCGGGCUCCGAACCAAGAAGAGGGGGCUCCCAGCUUGAGCCGGAGCCUGAGAGUUUGCCUGCCCGGUUCAGCGAGGACCACGAGAUGCCGGUCCUGAAGCAGCUGGGCCCCGCGCAUCCCAAGAAGCGGCCGGAGCGCGGCGCUCUGUCCAUCUCCGCGCCGCUCGGCGACUUCCGGCACACUCUGCACGUGGGGCGCGGCGGCGACGCCUUCGGAGACACUUCGUUCCUGAGCCGCCACGGCGGCGGGCCGCCCCCUGAGCCCCGGCCGCCGCCCGCGGGGGCCCCGCGCUCCGCGCCGCCGCCCGCCGUGCCGCAGCCCCCGCCGCCCGCCCUCCGCGCGCCAGCGCCCGCCGACCCUCUGCUGUCCUUCCACCUGGAUUUGGGCCCCUCCAUGCUGGACGCAGUGCUGGGCGUCAUGGACGCGGAACGUCCAGGCGCCGCCGCCGCCAAGCCCGACGUGGACCCCGGCCCCGGGGCGCAGCACCCUAGCGCCCGCUGCCUCCCCAACGCGGACCUCGAGCUGGACGACGUCAUCGGCCUGUAGGCACCCCCAUUCCCUGCGCCCUUACCGUCCAGCGCCCCACUUCUUUAUACAUAAACCGACAAGG